GCACAUUCAAUUACAAAAUUAAGGAUCAUCAUGACGCUCUUAGACAUAUUCCCCCUUUUUUUUACCGACCUUCCCUUCUCUUAUUCAUCGCCAUCAUCAUCAUCCUUCCCAUUACUUCCAUUCCCUUUCACGUCGUAGACUGCUAGCGUCCGACACUUCCCUCUCUCUUUUAGCUUAAAAUAUAACUCUCUGUUCUUCUUCAAGUCUUUGCCCUGAGCCAUGUCUGCAGAGUCGCCCAUCGUCUAUGAGUUCGGUCUCGGUCCCAUCUCGUGCCACGCCUUCAACCAGGACCACACUGAGCUGGCAGUCUGCUUCAACUCCAAUGUCGUCAACAUCUUUCGUAAGGCUAGUGCUGGCUGGACCUUGGCUUGGGCUUUGGCCGAGCACGACAAGCCCGUGACAUCCAUCGACUGGGCCCCCAAGUCCAACAGAAUAGUGACCUGCUCCCAGGACAGGAAUGCCUACGUCUGGAACCUUGACCAGGCCUCGCAGCAGUGGAAACCCACCUUGGUGCUCCUGCGCAUCAACCGUGCUGCGACCUUUGUCCGUUGGUCGCCCGAGGAGGACAAGUUUGCGGUGGCGUCUGGUUCGCGCUGUAUCAGCGUCUGUUAUUUCGAGGAGGGCAACGACUGGUGGGUGUCCAAGCACCUCAAGAAGCCUAUUCGCAGCACUGUCCUCAGUCUGGACUGGCAUCCAAACAACGUCCUGCUCGCUGCUGGAUGCGCUGAUAUGAAGGCGCGCGUAUUUUCUGCCUUCAUCAAGGGCGUCGACAAGAGGCCUGCCCCAUCCCCUUGGGGCGAGAAGCUGCCUUUCAAUACUGUCUGCGGCGAGUUUUCCAGCGGCACAGGAGGAUGGGUCCACAGCGUUGCAUUCUCGCCCAACGGUGAUUCCCUCGCCUUCAGUGGACACGAUUCGACAAUCACCAUGGUCAGCCCUGGCACCGGAGCUGUUCAGACGGUCCGAUCUAACUUCCUUCCCUAUCUCUCUGUAAUCUGGUUGAACGAGCACCAGAUCGUUGCUGCUGGACACGAUUGUGCUCCUCAUCUGUUUGAGACCAAGGGACAGCAAUGGGCAUUCUCGGCUUCGUUGGACUCUGCUGUCAAGAAGGCUGAUGUAGGAAUCACUGCUAGAGAUACUUUCCGCCGCAUGGACAGCCGUGCUCAGUCAACCUCCUCAAACGACACUGAAGUCCUGACUCAUCACCAGAACACCAUCAACUCUAUCCGUGCUUAUGCUGGAUCUCGCGAUCAUGUUGACCAGUACUCGACCUCUGGGAUUGAUGGAAGGCUGAUUGUCUGGAACGCCAACAACAUCACCAGGGGAAUGGGCAACCUCCACAUAUAAGGACACAGGCGCCUGGAACGACUUUCCAAUGACGACCGUUCGAAACUCGGAACUGGAUGAUACUUGAAGGGGUCGUGAAUUGUUGUUGUAUUCAUCAUGACUAUCUUGCCACAAUGGACCCAUUAUUGUGAGAGCAAGAAGACAAUAAACUGAAGAAGAACAAAAAAAGGUACUCGGCCUUGCAAUCUCCUUUAUGCGCCUUGUUGUUUUUGUUUACUCUAUCUUUUCGUGAUAACGAUCCAGUUUCCAGAAAGGACAAGGAACUCAAUAAUGGCUGACACACAUGGAGAACAAUGGA